CACAACCUAAAAUCGAUCGGAAACAAAAUGAGAGGAGAAGUACUACUACUAAGAACUCUUCUGCUCUGCCUCUUCCUAUCAGCCGCCGUCGGCAAGACGGAGCGCUGCAAUCCACGAGACAAGGCCGCUCUGUUCAAGAUCAAGGAAAGCUUCGGCAACCCUUACCUCCUCGCCUCCUGGCACCCCGACGCCGAUUGCUGCACUAGUUGGUACCAAGUCGAAUGCGACCCAACCACCAACCGCAUUACUGCCCUCACCGUCUUCGCCGGCGAGCUCUCCGGCCAGCUCCCGACGGCAAUCGGCGACCUCCCUUUCCUGCAGAAGCUCAUCUUCCGCAAGCUCACCAACGUCACGGGUCCUGUCCAGCCCGCAAUCGCUAACCUCAAGUACCUUAACUUCCUCCGGCUCGACCGCCUCAACUUAACCGGUCCGGUUCCUGGGUGGCUAUCCCGGCUCAAGAACCUGACCUUUCUGGAUCUGUCCUUCAACUCGCUCACCGGGUCGAUCCCGAGCGAACUCGCCGAGCUGCCCAACCUCGACGCGCUCCACCUCGACAGGAACAAUCUCACCGGGCCCAUCCCGGCCUCGUUCGGCCGCUUCAAGGGGAAGUUCCCUUCUCUCUACCUCUCCCACAAUCGGCUCUCCGGCGGGAUCCCGCCCUCGCUGGCCAACUACAACACCGACUUCGCCAUCGAUCUGUCGAGGAACCAAUUGCAAGGCGACGCGUCGGUGCUGUUCGGGGCGGAGAAGAGCGUGCUGUCUGUGGACAUUUCGAGGAAUUUGUUCGAAUUCGAUUUCUCUAAAGUGGCGGUGUUUCCCCCCAACAUGACGAGUUUGGAUAUGAAUCACAACAAGAUCUACGGGAGCAUACCGGCGGCGGCGGUGGAUUCGGAUCUGCAGUUCUUGAAUGUGAGCUACAAUCGGCUGUGUGGGAAGAUUCCGACCGGUGGGCAGUUGCAGAGCUUCGAUUCCUCUGCUUACUUCCAUAAUCGGUGCUUGUGCGGCGCCCCGCUCGAAAGCUGCAAGUGAAAUGCAGAGUUAGAUAGCUAGCCUAGCUACGUACUCUGCUUGAUUAAGACUUUGGUUUUUCAGUGUGAGAGCGGGGGAAUGAUAUAGAGAACAGAUAAGACUGGAUUGUGAUUUCUUGUCCUUGUUUCGGUCUGUUUCUAAAUAAGAAUGGAUUUGCAUCGAAGGAAUAUUUGGCCAAACCGAAGUUUUUAUUUUAUUCUAAAUGUGUUCAAAGCAAGGUUGUAAACCCAAAUUAGUCCGUUGGCAGGGUAAGUGAGUUUAGUGUUAAUAGUCCAAUUACUUUAGUCCAGUUUAACAUGAGUAUUGAUUCGAGUCUAACUGUACAUUUUUUAUUCCCGUUUUUCUUUGAUGUUUGUGACAAUUGAGCUCCAAAAGGGGUGGUUUUAUGCUAGAUUUCUUGUGUUUCAAUGUGUUUCAGAGUCUAACCGGUGAACCAACCCCGGAGUCGAAAGUUGGAAGAAAAUGAGCAAAGACCGGGCAAAGAGAACGAUUCAGUCACGGUCCAGCAUUGGAGUUCACGGUCGCCAAUACUGUGAACGGGAACGACAAUCUGUGAACCGUGAAGCGUCCAGAGGGGUUUCUGAGGUUACUGACGCCAAGGCAGUUCACGGUCUCUAAGACCGUGAACUGGAACCACAAACCGUGAACCCCAUAAGUGAAGCGGUGCGUUUUGAUCCAACUCACUUAGCUCACGGACGCGUUUUGAUGAUCAUGGCCGUAAACUGGGCGCGAUCUCAUUAUAAAAAGUCAGCUAAAAGGAGGAAGAAAGGAGAGCCCAAAGUGAGUGAAACCUUCUUCUUCUUGAAACGCUAGAGAGAGAAAGUCACGAACCAAGAGGGAGAAGAGGCUAGGGUUUGCUUCAAGUGAAGAUUUUGGAAGCUCCUCUUCUUUGGAGGAUCUCUACAAGCACAAGGAGAGUUGGCGACAUUACAAUGAUCGUUUCUUUCUUCCUCUUUAGUGCUCUUCCUUUGUCUAGUAUGGAGUAGUUCCCCUUUUCAUUUGGGUGUCGUAGAAACCUAACUACUAUCAUGUAAUUGAUUGUGUGUAUUGAAUGGUUGUGUGAUGGUAGUGUUUAAUUUAAGAAUUGAGGUAUUUUUCAUGGUGAUUAUGCAUAUUGUUUGCUUGGCAAUCUAUUGUGCUAUUCUAACCUAGGUUAGAGAGAAGCCCCCUUAUCUAAUUAAGAAGCUCAAAAUUGAGCUGGCUUUUCUUAGACAUUCCAUGCCUCCUAACUAGGUUAAUGAAGGGCAAUCCUCUACUUGAAUUAGACACCUAGGUUAAUUGUGAUUAUACCUUCCAAGCCUUGGUUUGAGGGAGAAGGUAAGUCAACCCUCAAUCGCUUAUGCCAAGAGGGCUACAAUUGUAGCCUCUAAUGCUUACAUUGGCAUAGCAAUUGAGAGGAUGGUUUCUAACCAUUGUUGCACCUCCUAGUGGUCACAAUUGCCUCGUCACACGCCGGUUCAUUCGAUCCCACGGUUCAUGGUAGUUAGUUAGGGAGAAGCAUCACCCGAGUGAAGCUUCUCACCAAGAGUUUUCCACCCUUUUACUUUUCAAAGUCUUGCUUUUAAAUUGUAGAUUGUAGAGAUUUCAACAAACAACAAUCCGCUAGAUAAUGUUUCAAACAAUCGAAGUAGCGGUACAUGGGUCAGCCCGGGUUGAUAUUUUACAUACUUGCCCUAUAUUGUACCCAUCUAAGAUUUAUACUUGAGCCUUUGGUGAGAUUUUAUUGUGAUAGUCGGAGCGAGUCAACUAUAUGAAAAUAGUUAUUAUAUUAUUCAUACAUAUAUAAAUUAUAUCAAAUCUCAUAUAAUUAUAUUGGUAAUAACAUAUACCAUUGGACAAAAAUAAAUUCAUAGAAAAUCAAUAUUCAAAUUUCAACUUAGAAUUCUAAAAGAUUGGUUUAGGCGAAGGGGGAAACCGACAAAGAGAUGCGAUUUGCAAACCAAUUGAAAAAAUGACGCAGUGUGACCUCCAAUCCAAUAACCUUGCUACGGGUCGACCCUGCGGACGUGUUGCGCUUGUUUUCUUCAUCAAAUCUGAGUCAAUCCAGGUCAAACCGCGAGUGGACAACCUUGAUUAAAAUACAAAGAUCAAACCCUUGACCCAGCUCGUCCACCGCCCACGAUCCCAUUUUCAGUUAGGAUCGGGUCCUUAAACGUAGUUGCUUAAGUCAAUAAUAGCCAUUAGAUAAAAGGGAAAAUCCCUAGAAAUACAAGGAUGCCAUUUUAAAUUAUUAAUGAAUUUGAUUAAUAUAAAAAACAUAAAUCCACUACACUCUUCCACUUUUCUCACCCCACCUGUUUCUUCCAUUUCGUUUGUUAAUAACACUAGAUUUUCCCUGGUUGUUGGUCGAAUCAGUUUCAUUUUAUUUUGUAUAAUUUAUUUUAUCAGUAUAUUUAUAUUUUAAUUAAUUUGGGAACUUUAGUUUUAUAUAAUUUAUGUAUGAUUUGAAAGUAAUAUUUAUGGUUGACGUUGUUUGUGAUAUUAUUGAAUUGGUUUUGUGUAUUUUUGUCGAUUGGUUCAUGUUAAAUUACACUAUCUAUAUUUUUUUUCCAUAUUUUAGAAUAAAAUGUUGUACUUUUUAAUGUUCUCAUAAAUUAUAAAAGUAUUU